AUGGGCGUCGGUGCAUCACUCCUCAAGCAUUCGGUGGUCGGUGUCGCCUUGUCAGGCAUCGUUUGGUGGGCCGGGUUCGGUUUGCGCCGCAGUUUCCUGCCGGCCCUUCAAGAACAGGCACCACUGAUUCGGCGCGAAUCUUCCGCUGAGUCGGACUCACGGAAGUCUCACCGAAGGAAAAAGAAAGAAUGCAAGAAGAGCGAGUGUGUGACCGCCGAGGAGUUGAUGAGGAUGGGAAUUUGCUAUGGCGAGCAAGGGCGGCUCGGGAAAGCCAUGGGCAAGUUCCUUGAAGCCAAAGGUGCCUUCGAAGAUGAGCGUGCCAUGGAAUGUGCAGGAUACGCGAAUCUUCUAGCUCAGAUUGGCAUUUGGUAUGGAAUGCAAAAUCAGAAAAAAGAGGAGAUGGACAAGUAUUUGGAGGCCCAAAGAGUGUACAGGAAGAUUGGAACCAGCUCAUCGAGGGAGUAUGCUGGUCUCCUCAAGAACAUGGGAAUCUGGUUCAUGGAGAAAGGUCUCCUGCCAGAAGCCAUGGAGAAAUUCAAGGAAGCAGAGGCGCAGUAUGUCUCGGCCGGCGCUACACGCACGACCAACUAUGCAGGCCUGCUCACCAGCAUGGGCAAGUGGCUCCUGCAUCACGGCUCGGAAGAUGACGCUAUGGCCAAGUUCGUGGUCGCCAGGCAGACCUAUGAAGCGACGGAGGACACCAGCGCUUCACCAGGAUAUGCCGGCCUGCUGAUGAGCAUGGGCAGCUUGCAUCGACGCAGGAAGUGCUUCGUCGAAGCCAUGGAGCUGUUCAACUUGGCGCAGACGGCUCUGGAGUGUGCUGAGGCAACCAGCAACAUGGACUACCUCGGCCUUUUGGCGACCAUGGCCACAUGCCAUUCCGAGCAGGGUGACAGCGAGUCCGCCUUGGACAAGUACUCCGAAGCAGCUGCAGCCUUCCAGGCAGCAGAGCGCAUGGACACCGAAGAGUAUGCGCGGCUCCUGCAAGGCAUGGCCGCGCUCUAUUCGCGUAUAGACCUUCAAGACGAGGCCAUGGAGAAGAUGGUACAGGCGAAGGGUGUUUUCGAGUCAACUGGUGCUUCCACCACGACUUCCUACGCCAUUCUUCUGCGCAAUAUGGCCUCCUGGUACGCCUGCCAUGAGGAGGGGGACAGAGCCAUCGAGUACUACGACCUUGCCCGCAGGGCUUGCGAGGCCGCUGGCACCCUCCAUUCACCCCUCUACGCGAGCAUCCUGACUCUCCUGGCUGCCAGCCUAGCAGAGGAGGGGCACUUCGAGGAGGCCUUGGCUCUGCAAGCCAAGGCCUGCGGAGUGCAUCAGGCCAAUGGCAGCCUGCAGAGCAUUCACUACGCGCGGUUGCGCUUCGACAUUGCUCUAGCAAAGCAGGCGCUGGCCGAACGCGAUGGCAUGGCAGGCUGUAUGGAGUAUGUGUCGGACUUCCAGGCUGCUAAAGAGGCAUUCGAGGCAGCAGGUGCGACGGACACUGCGGACUUCGCAGAGCUUCAAGUGCACCUGAGAGCUUGGAGCAGCCCUUCGAGGCAAACAAGCCCUUCGAGUCCGAGAGAGAGCGCCAUGGAAGCCACAUCUCCGUUCCAUCGCAACCUGGCGACCUAUGACAAGGUGCCGUUCCCGGGCAUGAUCAGUCAGAAGCCAAUGAGCGCAAAGGAUGCGCUCCAGAGCUGCGCCGUUGCGGCUUGGUCCCCCAUGGAGGUCAAAACGAGUAUGCUGAUGGCCGGAUAA